AUGGCUUCUCUUGUACCAACAGAUAUGUUGCUGCAAAUUAGUGAUCUUGCUGAGGUACUUCAGUUACUCAGAAGAUAUGGUUAUUCAGGAGUCAGUUAUUAUAAUCUUGGUCUUUUUCUUGGUCUGUCUCCUAACACAAUGCAUCUCAUUGAAGCUGACCACAGAGGAGAUACUGGAAGGUGUCUCAGUGAAUGUCUUAGCAAAUGGUUACUGAAAGCUGAUGAUGUUCAGAAGAAAGGUGGUCGGCCUAGUAUCUAUUCAUUGGUAUCAGCAUUGAGGGAAUUAGGAGAGAAUGGAGUAGCUCAUGAAAUAGAUAUGGAGAGUAUGUUUAAUAAAAAUGAACAUAAUUUUUAUUAUUUCUUUAUAAAGCAUCCUGCUUGUAGAAUUCUUGCUUGUUAUUCAGCUCAACAGUCUCUUUUGACUUCAUUGCCUCAGUUGGUUCUACUUUUGCAUACAGCGAAAUUGAUAAAAGAUAUGAUCCUCCCAACUAAUGUACAAGGAGAGGCCCUGUUGAUUGAAAUAAAGGAAGCUGUUUGCAAUGAUUACCAAAUACUCAAAGCAUUUGCUGAGAUUUUGUGUAAAGUAACAGCCACUGCUGAGAUAGGAAGUACUAUCACCAAAGAAUACAGAAAAACUUAUUGCAUUGGUGAAUCCAUUCAAGCAAACGAUGCCAAUGGGUUGAAGAUUUUUCUUCCUAUGAAUGUUACUUCAGAAUUUAAGAUGAUGCGAUUAAAGUUCGGCCAGACAUUCUUUAAAGUGGGAUCAAUCAUGAUGAACAACCCUCAGUCCCUAUCCAUUGAUAAUAUCAAAUCUGUAUUGCGCACAUACGACAAAACAUUAAGGCCUCAAGUGGCUCAGUGUCAAGAUCUUCGUGAAGUUUUAGAAUUAGUUUGUGAUAACUGUCAGCUUGAUGAUAUUAGUAUGCUGGAGUUUUUUGUUAAUGAAUUUAAUAUAGAGGAGGCUAAAGUAGUUAUUAAGGAAUAUAAAAAAGCUAUUGAGGAGCUAAAGGAAAUAAAACUCAAUCAGUGUCUGAAUGAAACUGUUUCUUAUGCUUCACCACUGAAGUGUGAAAUCAUUACCAUUAUUGUCGACAAGGAUGCUAAUGAAUCUACACUUAGUGAUGUCCAGAGAAUGUCGUCAGCUUUAUUUAAAAAUUCAUCACAACAUGUUAGAUUAUAUGUCAUAAGAGAUGGCAAUUCUUUCACUAUCACUUGUUCCUUCCCUUUGAUUCUAUCUGAGCAGUUAAUUACAGCUGCUCUUAAUAAUAUUGAUGUAUUGAAAGAAAACAAAGUGAAGAGAUUAACCAUUGGAUACUGCACUGUGUAUGAGGUAAACGACACUUCCACUGUUGCUACAAUGGAGCUAAAUAAACUUCACUACAUCUCAUCAUUAUCAACUAGUAGUGGUUUAUCAAAACAGUUGAUGCUGUUAUUGAGUGUACAACUGAUUAAUAGUGAGGAGGAGGUUACUACUUUAAAUGAGGAAAUCAUGAGAAUGAAGGAAACAGCAGAGUCAUUUGAAAAAGAAGUAAAGUCAUUUCAAGAAACACAACAAAAGAAGCUGAAUGUCUAUAUAGCAGAGAAUGAGAAAUUGACAACUAAAGCAAUUGAGGCAAAGCAUUUAUUACAAGAAAAAGAGUCACAUUUAACAGAAUGUGAAGAAGAAAGUAUGAUAAUAAAGCAAAAAGCAGAGUCAUUAAAGGAAGCACUGGAUUCUAAAAACAAGAUGCUGACUGCCAGUAUAACAGAGAGUGAGAGGUUUCAAGCUGAGAAUGAAAAACUGAAAGAAAUAAACAAACUACUAGAAGAGUGGCUUGCUUUAUUUCAAUCUGAGAAAGAAAAAAUCAAACAGUAUGCAGAAAAGCCAAUUGUUGGUAAAAUUGAAGAGCAAGGUAGAGAAGCACAAUUAGUAGCAACACAACGAGAAAUGGAAGUUGAAAUUAAAAGUUUAAAAAGAGAAAUAAAACAAAAAGAUGAUAAAAUCAAAGAAGUACAAGCUGAGAGUAAGAAAGAAAUUGACUUAUUACAAGCAAAAAUAACAAUGAUGAAUUUGCAACAAAUUGAGAAAGAUAAAGAAGUGCAAGGUACAACUAUAAUUUAG